CAACACUAUCAUUAAUGUACACGGAAAAACAAGUGCGGUCAAGUCCGAUGGCUUGGGCCUCUUUGGUAGUCCGAUGGCUUGCGGCCAAAAUCCGAUGGUUUUCAGCUAAGGGAGGGUAGGAUUCUUUGGUAGUCCGAUGGCUUGGGCCUCUGAUCGUCUAAUUCUCUAUUGCCCUCGCAGUUGCUGUGAUUGUGCCAAGGGUUUGAUACAUGCAUCUGCCAAGAAAAUGUUACUGAAAGCUUUGCUUGUUGUGUCCCUCCUCUUCCCAUUUUGCACUUCCAUUGACACCAUAGAAAUGGACCAACAUGUAAAGGAUGGUGAUCUUCUGGUGUCCAAAGAAAACAUCUUCGCAUUAGGGUUCUUCGGCCCCAGAAACUCCAGCUCCAGGUACGUCGGAAUUUGGUAUGCAGAAAAAGAUGAAAAAGAUCAAAAGGCAGUGGUUUGGGUAGCAAACAGAAACGACCCCAUCAAUGAUACCUCUGGUGUCCUAACUAUAGACAGGUAUGGGAGACUGCUUCUUUAUUCUAACAAUAUGCAGAACAUUCCUGUGUGGUCUACAAAUGUGACGGUUCAAACUGCGAGCACUAGUUGCAGGGCUCAGCUUUUAGAUUCUGGAAAUUUAGUUAUUUUCCGGGAUAAUAAAAGCAAAAACUUUAUGUGGCAGAGUUUUGAUUAUCCUACAGAUACUCAACUUCCGGGUAUGAAACUAGGCGUGAAUUGGAAUUUGGGGAUAGAAUGGGUCUUAACAUCUUGGAAGUCACAGGAUGACCCUGGAACUGGGGAAUACACCGAAAGGCUCUAUUCCAAUCAGACCGCCACCCCCCCAGUUUUUUACUUUUUAUAA